CAUCGGAACAACAAAGAUGGAGUUGUGAACUCGAAGCAAGUUAACCAGCGCAGAUCGUUCAGUCUUCUCUCAUUUAUUCAUCACUUUAACGCGUAAGUUUAUGUUUCUAGCGCGGAAGAGACACGAUGCGUUAAAGGCACAUGUAGGUUUUUAUUGUGUACUUAUCGUUAGAAGCCUCCGAACGCGUAAACAGUUGGCUACGACACAAACAUAAAGAUUUAGCAGCUAGCUAGCUAAAGGACUAGCAUCUGCCUGUUAUUACUCUGACUGUGAGAAGUGGUCAACAAACAAAGAGCGGGACAGAAAUGGAGAAGGGAGAUUUCCUAAAGGGACUUCCAGUCUACAACAAAAGUAACUUCAGCAGGUUCCAUGCGGACUCGGUCUGUAAAGCAUCGAACCGUCGACCAUCGGUGUAUCUACCAACCCGAGAAUAUCCAUCAGAGCAGAUCAUUGUCACAGAGAAGACAAACAUCCUGUUGCGAUAUCUUCAUCAACAGUGGGACAAAAAGAAUGCAGCAAAAAAACGAGAGCAGGACCACACAGAGGAAGACAACACGGCACCUCCACGAAAAAUUGCAAGAACAGACGAUCGAGAACCAAAUGAGGAUUCAUAAAGCACUGUGCUGCCAGUCUGCAAACCUAGGCUUUGACUCAGAAGAAACAGGAUCCAAUUAUUUUCAGACCGUGGUUGUUGUAAUUUCACUUUCAAAAGCUGACAGAUUGUCUUAGACAAAAGCUUUUUUUCCUCACUUAAUGAUUUUCACUCACUAUUUACUUCACUUCUUUAAAGCAAUGCCGCAGUCUUUUUAAAACUAAGAUACAUCUACCUCCUUAUACUUCAACCACUCUGGUUAUCAUUCACGUAUGCUCACAGAUUCCUUGAAAUAUGCAGAGAGUAAUGGCACAGCUCCACUGCUUCUAUUUAAAGGUUUAAAGUUGUAGUCAUUCAUACCAUCUCUGAGAUAUGCAUGUUUUUGUAUUGAGUUAGUGGCAUCUUCCUUUAUAAGCUCCCAUUCCCUUAAGAUUUAUUGUUUGAAAUUUGAACUGUUUAUGGAAUGCCCUAAAUAAUUAUUUUAGUUCAUUCAGUUUGUGUGAUUACUUUCAUUACAGUGAAAGUUAAACUGCACAGUUCCUUGGUUUGAUUGAUGAUUCACACUGGGUUUUGUUAUGGACUGUGUGUGUUUUUCUCCUCAUUAACAAUCUUUUAUUGCCUUAAGAGGGUGUGAGUGUGUCCUCACUGUGUUUUAGAGACCCCCCCCCCCAUUCAGAUUGUUGUUUGAGGAAGAAAUGAAUCACUGCUAAGCUGAUUGGGUGUCAGCAUGUCCUUCGAACAAGGUUGCAUUCAAGCCAAUAUAGUCAUGCCAGGGGAUGAAGACUCUUUCUUUUGUAAAUUUUGUAGCCACAGUCCAAGUUUGAUGUUCAGUACUUUGAGACGACAGCUUGUACAGGUGUAUUUGCAUGACCAGCACAAUAUUUUAUAAAACAGACUUCAAGUUUGUGUAAAUUUAGACUUAAGCUGCUCAAGGGCUAUUGCCUAUCACUGUUUUGAACUGUUCUCAAUACUAAGGAUACAUUUUCAUUUGCAUUUGUUAGUAGGGCCACAUAAACAGUCUUUUUUUGUUGCUUGUUAAGUUGUCUGCUCCUCAAAAGUGUGAAUAUUGUGACUGUUCUCGUCCUUUUCAUCAGAUCUUCAAGUGAGCCAUAUUGACAUUUCAUUUUUCUGUUUAGCCAAAAAACAAGCAUUUUGUUUCAUUUCAUUUGCACGUUUGUACAAAGGUAAUUAUGUAAGAGUGAUUUGUUUGAAAUCCAUGUUUAUUUGUAUUCAACUUUGCUGUUCAGAGGUUUGCUGAUUAUCUGUUCAGGUUUGCUGCUUAGGUAAGCCAGUCCAAAUAGAUAUGAUGUACAUUAAGUUUCUCAACUGACAUUUUUAACUUUUUGUGUUUUAUUUUCUCUCGCUCUUCAUAGAGGAGUGUGUUAAUUCUACUUUUUGUGAUAUGGUGCGUAUCACAUCACCUGAUUGUGUUUAUGAGGUGUCUAUAUCAUUUAAUGCUUUGCUUUGAUGUUAUUGUAUAAAUUGUGUACAUUUCAGAUCUUGUUCUUGUAUAUACAGUUUAUAUAUAUAUAUACACACAAUAUAUAUAUAUAUAUAUACAAACAC